AUGAAAAAAUCUUCUGGAAAAGAGGCUGCUCUGUUUGAUCGCGCUGUAGACCAAUUUGAAGAGGGUCAUUAUUCUCGUAGCUUGAAGACUACUCUUUCUAUUCUAAAAAGAAAGCCAAAGCAUGCCGAGGCUAUAGCGUUAGAAGGGUUAAAUUUAUGCAAACUAGAAAAACAUCAAGAUGCCUUGUUAAAGUGCCGAUUGGCAACUAGUCUGAAUGCUAAAUCUCGAUUUUGUUGGCAAGCUCUAGCGAUUACAUACAGAGAUCAAAAGGAUUAUCUUAAUUCUUUAAAUUGCUAUAAAAAUGCUGUCAAUCUUUCCCCAAAGAAUGAAGGCUUGUUGUAUGAUACUGCCUAUAUUCAGUUUCAUUUAGGACUUUAUGCCGCACUAGUGCAAUCAUGGCUGACACUAGUCGGCAUGGACUCUGAAAAUUUAGAAUAUCGAUUAUGUCUUACGCUUUCUUACUAUCUUUCUGGCUCUUUCGAUCACUGUUUAGCACAUUGCAUCGACCUUUUGAGUUCUCAUAAACUGACUCCCAAUGUGGCAUCAAGACUUGCGUGUUUCAUACCCAAAAUAAAUUUUAGCCAAGGAUUAGAUUUUGAAGUUUCUUUCAGUUUUUUACAGACAUAUUCUUCCUUCAUUUCUAGUAGUUGGCAGCGGGAUGAACAGCUGGCCAGUCUGUGUUUUCGGUUUCAUAAGUUUGACAAAACGUUACCUUUGUAUGCAAAGUUGAUUGUAAGAAAUCCUGAUAAAAAUGAAUAUACAAGGAGAUACCUGGAAAGCUUGUACGAGCUUACGAUUAAUAAAGGACUCCCGAGGGAUGUGCUGUAUAGGAAAUCUCAGUGUUUGUUAGAAUGGUUUCCUAAUGCAAUGAACAUCAAAGUACUAAUUUUACAAUUUUUGGUUGCAGUAAAUCUUGACUAUAAUUUCUUUUUGGAGCAUAUUCUCACAUAUUCUACAAGUAAAGGUAUUCCCUCUACUAUUUUAUUACUUAAACCGUUGAUAAAAGAUGAUUUUUCCUUAGCUCAUAAAAUAAAGGAAGCUUUGCUAUUUCAAUUGGUGAAUACGAACAAGAAAAAUCCUACAGCACAAGUCUGGAACCUAUACUAUCUCAGCUACCUAGCAUACUUUACCCUGGAUUAUACGAGCUCUUUAUAUUGGAUUAAUCAAGCGAUUACUGACCUUCCUACACUCCCAGAUUUAUACUAUUUGAAAGGUAAAAUUUUAUCUCGUUUGGGUGAAUGGAGUGAUGCUAUCCAUAGUUUGACUUUUUGCACUGAGCUUGACAAAGGGGAUCGCGCGCUUGCGAGCCGCCUUGCUAAGACUUAUUUCUAUAUAGACGAAACCGAAUUAGCAUACAAAUCUCUUUCCAAGUUUUGUAAAGACCGCUUUGGUGGGGUUCCUACUUAUCUCGCUGAAACCGAGUGCAUUUGGUUUCUUAUUGAAGAUGGCGAAUCUUUACUUCGUCAACAAUCUUAUGGAUUAGCAUUGAAGAGAUUUCAUCAAUUAUUUAAUAUAUUUAAAGAAUGGUCCAGUCUCAGUUUUAGCUAUCAUACGUACUGUGCUGAAAACGCAGAAUUUGAGCAGUAUUUGGAAAUGUGUGACUGGAUUACAACAUUGUGGGAUUCACCGACUUAUCUUAGAGUUGCUUUAGGUGCAACAAUCAUUUACUUAGAUUUGUAUAAAUCUCCCUAUUUUAAAUAUGGAAAAAGCGCCCCCGCAGUGCGUACUAUGAAUGAAUUCGAGCAAAUUCAAUUUGAGAAAGACCAAAAUCAAAGUGUGGGAAAGUUACAUUUACAAGAAGAGUCCCGGUUGAAAAGAAUCAAACUAGACGAGGACGAAGAUCCUUUUUUGAUUGAUCAUGAUCUUUUUGGAAUGGAACUACUGAAUACAAAAGACCCUCUUCAAGAAGCGAUGAAAUUUUUGUACCCACUUCGUCUGAAUAGGCUGAAAGGAUGGGGCUUUUUAAAAUAUUUAGCAUCAAAAAUAUACAAAAUAAAAGGUAAGGUUUAA